AUGCGGGAUGAGGUCCGGUCGAUUUGUUUGCGGUUGACCAUCUUCUCGCGACAGGUAAGGUUUUAUGUUGAUUUUGUGUCAAUUUUAAGAAAAAAUCUUCAUAUUUAGGAUUUUACGCUAAAUUUUGAAAUUCUGCAAAAAAAAUCUUAAAUUUUAAAUUAUAGCUCGAAUUUCAAAAUAAAUUCAAAAUUUCAGCUAGCCGGUUUCGUAAUAUCACAUGUUGGGCUAUGUGCGCUGGUCGCCCUCUAUGCCGUACUUGGCGCCUUUAUGUUUCGUGCUAUCGAGUAUCCGGAAGAACUCCAAUUCCAAGGUCACAUCGCCAAUGACACCUGGAAGACGGUGGAAUUACUGUACAAAUUCAUCGAUGAAUCCAACGUCAUCGAAGAGAAUGAGGUGAAGAAGAAGGCUCACGAGCUCUUCAAACAUUACGAGUUGUUGUUGGUGAAGGCUGUGAAUUACGAAGGAUACGACGAGAAGGACGACGUCAAGCCUACAUAUCAAUGGACCUUUUCUGGAGCCUUACUGUACUCUAUUACGGUCUUCACAACGAUUGGUAAGAUACGAGACCACUGUUAUGAAUAUAUAACCAUUAUAGACUUAUAAUGAAAAAUAAAUUACUAAACAACUCAAAUAACCACCUAUGUUUAGGAUACGGUCACAUUUGUCCCAAGACCCCCCUAGGCCGUGGUAUGACAAUCUUAUAUGCGAUGAUCGGCAUUCCUCUGAUGUUGUUGUGUUUGGCCAAUAUUGCUGAAAGUUUGGCUCAAGUAGGUUCAAUAUGUAUGGCAAUUACUGUUUAGGUGUUCACAUUCGUCUACUUCAAAGUAUGUUGUGCAUACUGUAGAUGGCAAGCCAAGCGAAGACGAGUACGACGAGCAGCACUCAGCUUCAGAUACCAUCCCAAUGCACCGGUCAAUGUUAGAAGAGGUAUACCUGAUUUUAAGUUUACAUAAUCAUGCCGCUUUUUCUUCUUUAAAGUUGAUACUUCUGCCAAAAAUACCAUUAACACUAUGUUACAGCCCACUCAGCCCGAGCCAUCUCCCGUCACAACAGUCAACUGAAACGCGGGGCCAGUAUCAAGAAGAACCUUCCAGCACGAGGCUUCAGUGACACCAAGAGUAUGAAGUCGAUAAGGUCUCUGAAUAGGUACGACACCCACUCUCUGCCAGGCAAGCGAAAGGCCAGCAACAUGAAGCACAGUUCUCCAUCAGAUCCAUUGUCCAAGAACAACUUCGCCAAAGGCAAGGUUCAGAAGUACACGAUGGCUCACGGUGCUCUUGUAGACUCCAGUAGCCUCGAGAUGGACCCACUCUUCAACUACCAGAAGAGACGCAACCUAAUCAAAUGCUGUGAUAGACAGGGAAAGCGAGAGUACGGUAAAGGUAAGUUACAGUAUCUCACAAGUUUUAUUCUUUACAUCAUUAAGAUUUACCGUAAUUUAUAUCACUAAGAGUUACAGUAAUUUAAAAUUAUAACUGUCUUUAAGGUCUUCCAGUAAAAUACUUGAACAGCGACGACGACAAAUCUGCGAUUCUGGAGAUCAAGUCGGUUAAUAGUGCCAAUGGUACUGGUACUGGCUCAGUCCAGUCCUGGACUAGAGGAGCGGCAACAGCACCAGUCAGAAGAAAGCCUAAGAGAAGACCGCCAAAGCAUUUCGACGACUCCUGUAUCUCUGGGUAGGUUAAUAUCCAAAAUAUCAAGAAAUCUAACACAAUACUAAAAAGGAGAGUGCCCUACCUGCCCCGCUCUGAUUGACUUUAAACUUUUAAUAUAGAAAAAUCAUGUAAAUAUAAGAUCUUCAGCAAAUUACUAAAUCGCGCUCUUCAACCAAUCUCGACAAAAUCGAGAUUAAAAAAUGACAUUUUGAAUUUCGCGCCAUGUUGGCAUUGUGUCUCAAGCUUAUAACUCUGUCAUUUUUUGACUUUUAGGGGUUCUUCUUUGAUAUACUAGUAGAAUACCUUUAAAUAAAUUUAUAUUUUUAAAUUUGUACGUGUACCUUGUCUGGAAAGUCGAAAAAUGCUUGAAACACAAUGCCAAAUUUGCCAAAAUGGCGGGAAACCCAAAUAAUUUAAAUUUAAAACUUAAAAACGCGAGCUAAAAUUUUUUAUGGGUACUAUUGGUAAUAGAAAGAAUUCAUAUAAAAAUUUGAGCUGAUUCUGAGCGGAGCAGGUAGGGUACUUUCCUUGUAAGCUCAAGUGUGAUAUAUAAUAGAUGAUGUUACCUAUUAUAGGAUAGGUUUUGUAUGAUAUAAGACCAAAAUUCUCUUUUCAGCAACGGCAGAGUCCCUCAAAUCACAGUGAGCGACAACGAGAAGGAACGUUUAGCUCACGGAACGGACACGAUGUCGGACGAAGAAGACUACAUUGACCCCUCAAUGUCAGUCCACCACUUAAGUGCCUUAAGGGAGAGUGAAGGUGGUACUCCACCUCGAGCUCUACCCAAACAAAGCUCCAUCGAUGCCCAGUCCGUGACUCGUCGACAGGAGAUACGAUCCUACCGUAGCGAAGAGCGUAGCGACGACUUCAGCAUGCGGUCCUUCAGACGCAGCUACAAGCGAGAGAAGAUGCCGGUUUCUGUAGGCAUAAUUACAGUAAUCCUGUUCAUCGCUGGAGGUGCGAUCCUGUUCGCCAUUUGGGAGGACUGGAAUCUGUUCGACGGUGCCUACUACUCCUUCAUCACUCUGUCCACCAUAGGCUUCGGCGACAUCGUGCCCGGUCAAACGUUGGACGACGAGGAUUCGCAGGAGAAGCUGAUCGUAUGUGCACUGUAUUUGUUGUUCGGAAUGGCACUGAUCGCCAUGUGCUUCAAACUGAUGCAAGACGACGUCGUCCAGAAGGCCAGAUGGCUGGGCCAACGGAUCGGCAUUAUAGGUAAUUAAUUAUCACUAUUGAUCAAGGUGGAUAUGUGAGACAGAGACGUGUUCUUAUACUAUCUUGAUUGGUUUAGAUGUGUCUGGUCAAAAAGUAUAUAGAAAAGAAGAGGAAAGAUAAAGAUUUAAACAUUAGGUAACAAGUUAUUGUUUUCAGUGAAAGAAGAAUCAUCGGAUUCUGAAUCAGAGUUUGAGGAUGAGAUCGUGAUAGAAGAAGACGAUGACGACGAUUUUAUGGAUGAAAAAGAACUGGAACAUGUAAGUGGUACUCAAGUAUAUAAUUAUUGUAAUAACAGUCCAUCAACAAUUACUAUCCAAUUAAAAAAAGUCAUUUACGAACAACUCCCCCAAUGUUAUAGUAGAUUUAACGCAAAAUUUUCAUUAUUGAAUUACUCGAGCUCCUAUACCCAAAACCAUACCAUAAAAUGACCCGAAAUUGUUUUAGAUAACUACAAAUCUCAAGUAACACACCCCAUUCUAGGUAAUCAGCCGUUGA